GAGAAAGAAGAUCAAAAAAGGAUGGUCCAUCGCUCAGUCAACCUUGGCAUUCAUCUCAUACAUCACCGAACCAGACCUUCAUUCUUGCACGAAACACGUUUACAUUUCUCAAUAGCAAUCCAAGCAACAAUCGUCCUCUCUCUGUGAAUUAGAUUGUCUCUCUGAAUCUGUGAUUAGGAGUCUUCGAUUAUUACCUGACAGUACAAAUGGGAGCUGUUUGUUCUGGCGGCUUCGCAGAGCCAACAAGAAGGCUUGGGAAGAAGGAUUUGGGGUUUUCUGGGAAGUUGAAGUCGACGAAGAGCUGUACUAAGUCGAAAGAGAAUUCUCGUCCGAAUUCAAAUGUCGAUCGUGGCGGUAAGACGCCUUUCACGUAUGAUUCUGGUGAGUUGCAACCUUCUAGGGAAUUGAAACCAUCGACGCUGGACAGGACGAAGGCGGCCUAUAAGAACUCAUUUCUGGGAAAAGCUAGCACUGUUGGACUGGAAGUUCUAGACACUCUUGGAAGUAGCAUGUCCAACUUGAACUCCAACAGUGGGUUUAUUUCUGGCAUGGCUUCAAGAGGGAAUAAAAUAUCCAUGUUGUCAUUUGAAGUAGCUAAUACAAUAGCCAAAGGUGGAAAUUUGUUUCGCUCUCUUUCAGAAGAAAAUAUCCAGGUUCUGAAGAAAGAGAUAUUGCAUUCAGAAGGAGUACAACUAUUAGUCUCAACAGAUAUGAAGAAGUUGCUAAGUAUUGCUGCUUCUGAUAAAAGGGAGGAACUUGAAAUUUUCUCGAGGGAAGUCAUUAGAUUUGGAGAUCUAUGUAAAGAUCCUCAAUGGCACAACCUGGGUCGAUACUUCUCAAACUUGGAUUCAGACAAUUCAGUCGAUGGACAGUUUAAAAUCGAGGCGGAAAUGAAAAUGAAAGACUUGACUUCCCUGGCUCAGCUUACUUCUGAAUUGUAUCAUGAGUUACAUGCUCUGGACCGAUUUGAGCAAGAUUUUAAGCGGAAAAUUGAGGAAAUGGAUGCCUCACAGCUCUCUCGAAGAGGGGAAAGUCUCUUGAUCUUACAAAGUGAGCUGAAACAACAAAGAAAGCUUGUAAGGAACUUGAAAAAGAAGUGUCUUUGGUAUAGAAGUUUGGAGGAGAUUGUGGAGAAACUUGUUGAUAUUGUCACCUAUAUACAUCUGGCUAUCGUGGAAGUAUUUGAGGCUGAUGGUACCACAUUGGCCAGUGAAGAGCCCAGGAAGACUUCUCAGAGAUUAGGGGUAGCUGGUCUUGCAUUGCACUAUGCUAAUGUCAUCAAUCAGAUAGAUAACAUUGCAUCUCGCCCAGCCUCCCUUCCUCCUAAUACAAGGGACUCGAUGUAUCAUGGUUUGCCUGACAGUGUUAAGAAAGCCCUACGAUCACGAUUGCAGAAAGUUAAUGCCACAGAAGAGCUUUCUGUUGCUCAGGUGAAAGACGAAAUGGAAAAGACUCUGCAGUGGCUUGUACCUGUUGCCACAAACACAACCAAAGCACAUCAAGGUUUUGGAUGGGUUGGAGAAUGGGCAAACGCUGGAAACGAUAACACUCAUAAUAACCUCAUCCCCCUCCAGACACUUUAUCAUGCGGAUAAGCAAAAGGUUGACCACUACAUUCUUGAAUCGGUGACGUGGCUUCACCGUUUGAUAAGCUUAGUAAGACAAAGGGAUCAUGGUGUCAAUGCUUUGCCUGUUCGGUCUCCAAAUCCUAAAGGACUGUUUUUCAGCAACAAGAUGCAGCGAUAUUUAUCUCUCAACCAUGGCCAAACCCACAAAAUUCUACUAUCUCAAGAAGAUAUUAAUUUGUUAGACAAGACAAGUAGGAGGAGAUUAGUUCCAGGAAUAAGCAAAAGUCAGGAAUUUAGAGUGACCACAAAGAGAGGUGGCAGAGUUUGGGCAUUGAGUAGGAGCACUGGAAGCUCCCCUAUUAGGGAGUUGGGUACUAGACAGCAUUUGGGACAUCCAAAUACCAACAUUCUGGAUGUUAUGGAUGGAUUAGAUUCAUCAUAUUGAAAGCCUUCUUGAUUAAAUACCAUAAUAGGCAUCCUGUGUUAUUUCUUGGAUAAUUUUUUCUUGUAUAUUUUUUGUAUAACUUUUUUUUUUCCUUUAUUUUUGUACAUAUCCUUAAAUAUCAUGUUAUGCAUAUAACAUAUGGCCUUAGAAUACCUAAUAGUGAUAUUGAAAUCAUGUCCGACUGUGUAUGAGAAGGAUCCCCAGAACUUGCUGCUGCUGGUUUCCAAUUACGAGAUUCCCUGAGAUUUUGGACCCUUUGGCAGCUCCUCCCCUCAGAAAGUGAGAACAGGAUGUAUGCAUACGCUGCUAGUGCCUAUUGAGAUGUCAAUUUAGUUGUGCUCUUUGCUAUUGAUUCUAGUUGCCAGGGAAUUGAGUUAUAUACUAGUCAUUACCCUUUCGUUUUUUGGUAUGUGGUGCACAAUUUAUGGCAAUCUAUAUGUAUUCUAGCUAUAGACAGUUGAGCAUGUGUCUUUUAGUUGUACUGCAAACUUCUUGUCCAAGUAAUUAAGUUGCUUGAAAUAACAUUGUUGUUUUUUUUUUCUUUUU